CUCUCUCUCUCACUAAUCUCCAGUGUUCUCCACUCUGCACCCUCCACCUUCUCCUUUUGUUUGUGUGGUCUGUGAGGCUCUUGCUAUAAGAGACCCCAUUAGGGUCCGAUCCCCAAUCCUCCUUCCUUCUUUCAAACUGUUUCAACUGUCGCCGUCCGAUUUCCCCCCUGCCGGCGCAAUCUCAGCCGUCCUCCCCCCCCUCUCUCUCUCACCAUGCCUUCACUCCACUCACUGGCUCUCUCCUGCUCCUGCUCCUUUCUUCCAUUGGUCGCCUCGCCGAUUUGUUCCCGAUCCUAUUGGCCCGUCUUCCGUGCCCAACUCGCUGCUUGAUUGAUUGCUUUCUACUUUCUCGCUGCUUCCCACUGGCAUCGUUCUGCCUGUGUCUGUACCUCUACUUCAUCGGUUUUGCGGCGCUGAGCUUGCCGUGUGUGCUUCCACUGUUGGUCAAAUCUACUUUUGCUUUAGUACUUCUGGUCUUUGUUUAAUUUUGAAGGUUAUGAACCGAUCUGCAUCGGGGAGUUGAGACAUUAGAGUUCGGGCCUGAAAUUCCGUUUCUUGAGUUCCGAGCUGCCCAAGUUAUUGGCCUUCUGAGGUGUUUUGCUUCGUUUCACUUUUCAAUGGCCAUGGACGAUCGAAACGUGAGGAGAAUGAGCACCGGCUUAACCGAGGUGGUCCUGGAACUUGUUAUGGCUUUUAUUCACGACCCCAAAGAUCGGGAUGCGGUUUCUCAGGUCUGCCGGCAGUGGUACGAGAUUGACUGCUUGACGCGAAAGCAUGUGACGAUUGCUCUCUGCUACACGUCCACCCCGGACCGUCUCCGCCGGAGAUUUCCGCACCUGGAGUCGCUGAAGCUGAAAGGGAAGCCGAGGGCGGCCAUGUUCAAUUUGAUUCCGGAGGAUUGGGGAGGAUAUGUGGAGCCUUGGGUAAAAGAGAUUGCUAAAUAUUUUGAUUGUUUGAAGUCGCUUCAUUUCCGUCGCAUGAUUGUGCGGGAUUCCGAUCUUGAGCUUCUUGCGCGGUCACGGGGACACGUUCUUCAAGCUCUUAAACUCGACAAGUGCUCUGGUUUUACAACGGAUGGCCUUUACCAUAUUGCCCGAUCUUGCAGGAAUUUAAGAGUCCUGUUUUUGGAGGAGAGCCAAAUUGUUGAGAAUGAUGGCGAAUGGCUGCAUGAACUUGCUUUGAAUAAUACUGUUCUUGAGGCUCUAAAUUUUUACUUGACAGAUCUUAUCAAUAUCAGAAUUCAGGACCUUGAACUGAUAGCAAAUAACUGUCGCAACUUAGUUUCCGUGAAAAUUACUGAUAUUGAGAUCCUGAAGCUUGUAAACUUCUUUCGUUCUGCAUCUGCACUAGAAGAAUUUUGUGGAGGCUCCUAUAAUGAGCAGCCGGAGAAGUACGCUGCUGUACCAUUUCCCGCAAAGUUAUGUCGAUUGGGUUUAACGUAUAUUGGAAAGAAUGAACUUCCAAUAGUUUUCCCUUUUGCAUCCGUUCUGAAAAAAUUGGAUCUCCUAUAUUCGAUGCUGGAUACAGAGGAUCAUUGUGCGUUAAUCCAUAAAUGCCCCAACUUGGAAGUCCUCGAGUCAAGGAAUGUAAUUGGUGAUAGAGGACUCGAAGUUCUUGCGCAAAGCUGCAAGAAGCUCAAGAGACUCAGGAUUGAGCGAGGAGAUGAUGAGCAAGGGAUGGAGGAUGAAGAAGGUGUUGUUUCUCAGAGAGGGUUAAUUGCUCUGUCACAGGGCUGUCCAGAACUUGAAUAUUUGGCUGUUUAUGUAUCCGACAUUACAAAUGCAUCCCUGGAACACAUUGGUACUCACAUGAAAAACCUUACUGAUUUUCGCCUUGUCUUGCUAGACCGUGAGGCAACCAUAACUGAUUUACCUCUUGACAAUGGGGUGAGGGCUUUAUUAAGGGGUUGUGAUAAGCUGAGAAGAUUUGCUCUGUAUCUUCGCUCCGGGGGCUUGACUGAUGCCGGCCUUGCCUAUAUUGGGCAAUACAGCCAAAAUGUGAGAUGGAUGCUUCUGGGUUAUGUAGGGGAAUCUGAUGCAGGGCUUCUGGAGUUUUCAAGGGGCUGCCCUAGCCUUCAAAAACUUGAAAUGAGAGGCUGUUCUUUCAGUGAGCAUGCAUUAGCUGUUGUGGCCACACAACUGACUUCUUUAAGGUAUCUAUGGGUGCAAGGGUAUAGACAAUCUGCAUCUGGGCGUGAUCUUUUUGUAAUGGCAAGACCCUUCUGGAAUAUCGAGUUGAUUCCUUCUAGAAGAGUUCUUGUUACUUAUCCAAGUGGGGAAUCUGUAGUGGCUGAGCAUCCGGCGCAUAUUCUUGCAUACUACUCUCUUGCAGGACCAAGAUCAGAUUUUCCAGAUACCGUUGUUCCUUUGGAUCCAACCGCAUAUGUUGAAAUUUAGAGUUGUACAUACCAACUUUUUCCUCCCUUUUCCACGUCCUUUUUUCCACUUGAAAUCUUGUCUGCAAGUAUCUGCUGUCUUUUUUUAGCUAGAGGGUUUCAUUUUCCGCCGUUAUUUCCAGACAUUAUCAGUCUUGUAAUAAGCUUGUGUUCUUUCUCUCUUUUGAUCCGGAAACGCUUCCACUGCCUUGUGCAUGUAGUUUUCUUCAGUGAAAGAUGCUCAAUUUUGUGAAUAAGAAAAAUAAGGCGUGCUUUUGUUCA